CGCGGCAGAGGUUCCGGGGCAGCGGCAGCAUCGUCGCCGCGAUCGCCACCAUGACGACGCUCCGCGCCUUCACCUGCGACGAUCUCUUCCGAUUCAACAACAUCAACCUGGACCCGCUGACCGAGACCUACGGGAUCCCCUUCUACCUGCAGUACCUCGCCCACUGGCCCGAGUACUUCAUCGUCGCCGAGGCGCCCGGCGGGGAGCUGAUGGGUUACAUCAUGGGGAAAGCCGAGGGCUCCGUGGCUAGGGAAGAAUGGCACGGACAUGUUACCGCUCUCUCUGUUGCACCAGAAUUUCGACGGCUGGGUUUGGCUGCUAAACUGAUGGAGCUACUGGAAGAAAUUUCAGAAAAAAAGGGUGGAUUUUUUGUCGAUCUCUUUGUGAGAGUAUCAAAUCAGGUUGCUGUAAAUAUGUAUAAGCAACUAGGCUACAGUGUGUACCGGACAGUGUUAGAGUACUACUCUGCCAGCAGUGGGGAGCCAGAUGAAGAUGCUUAUGAUAUGAGGAAGGCUCUUUCCAGAGAUACAGAGAAGAAAUCAGUUAUACCUCUGCCUCAUCCAGUGAGGCCAGAAGACAUUGAGUAACUGUAAGCUGUGAUUCUCAGGCAACUUACUAAGUGUCAGGUCUGUCCCCCUUAACCUCCAAGAACUUAUGGAUGAGAAAUUUCAGGCUGAAUGUUUUUCCCUUGAAAUACCAAAAAGCAGUGUUGUGAAGCUGACUAACACUGCUUCUAUAGGUAAUGGCUGUAUACUAUCACACUUACUCUAUUAGUUUUCCUUUCAAAUAUUGGAAAUUCAGAGACUAUUAAAAUGGAAUUACCUCCUG